AUGCGGGAUCGAACAUACCGAGGGCGACCUGUGGCGGCUCUGCCAGCCUCUCCUCAGCGGCUUAUAAACCGACUGGCCGACAAGGUUGUGUCGGCUCAGGAACUCUGCUCCUCCUCGUGGGCGGUGCGAGGUGAGACUGCCGCACUGCGUGCGCACCCCACACAGCAGUGCCCGCCUGUCGACUCGCCGCAGCAAUGGCCGCCGCCCUACGGGACAUGCCGCGCCCGCAUUCGUCGUGUACAUGACGCGAGGUGCGCAGGAGGCGAGCGCGCAGCGAAGGAUUGCCAUACGUGGCACGCGGUGCGCGAAGUGCACGGAGUUCGAGCCACCGUGAAAAGCGAGCUCUUGAUGGCGGCGCCUCGCCUCCAACGGUGCGAAGUGAAGUGGGCGUCUGUUGUUACGAUUGUUGUCGAGGCCGUUGGUCACUCGUACCGCACGUCGAAGGACAACACUGACGGAGAAUCCGAGCUGCUGAUGCAAGAGACGUGGAGCACCACUACGUGGUUGCGGAUGCGCAGCCUGUGGUCUCGCUUAGUCGUGUUCGGGGGUGUGGCCGAUCUUCCGUUGAGCGAGCAUACCGGCGCGCUGCUCCUUCAUGCAAUGCAGACGUCAAUGCAGAGAAGGCCCACGUACGCUCGCCGCAUCAUGAACACCCUCCAGAAGGUUGGCGAGCGUCAUCACGGACUCACGCUAAUGGACGCCGCGCUCGGAGCGAGUAGCGCACUGCCUCCCCUCCAGCAAGCGACGCCGCUGAGCGGAAGCGACCUGCUCUCCGUGUGUGCUGCUGCUGCUCGCGUGGAAGGCGGCGCGUCGAUGGGGCGAGGCCCAGCGCCAAGACCCACGGCGCACACCACGGCGAUAUGCUCCGCGUUAUGCGCGCGAGCGCUGGCGCAGUUCCUGGUGGCAGCAGGAGGAGGGAGGCAGUCGGGCGUGGGGGCCCUUGUGCACCCCGUUCUUCGGGUGCGCGGCUCGCGACCUGGGGUGGGGAGGGGCGGUCCUCCACGUUCCACACACCCCACCCGAAGCGAGCCCGCCGCUGCCGGUAAUUCAACGGCAACAGAUCCACCGAGCUACCCGAUAUUGGGGGUCUCACAGUACGCUACAGCGCCGAAGAAGGCCGUACCACACACCACUCGAGGACGGAGUUGCUGCCCUCUCUACUGUCGUGACGGCGGGAUGGGUGUCGGCGCUUGUCGAGCCACCCUUGCCGGCGCCGCUGCCUCCCAUCCUGCCGAGGCGAGGCCGAGCACGCCUAUCAGCUGCAGAAGCGGAGAGCGCCCUUCUCCUUGCAGGUGCUGGGGCUGGAGGCAAUGCGCUUUGCCACGAGUUUGGUGGCGAGAUGAGAUACGAGAGGCAGCGACUGACGCGCACCCAAAGGGCUUGGUCGCUAGACCAGCGGUGACGCAGAUGGUGGCAGCAGCAUUGGCCUGCCAUCCUCUGUGUGUGCGAGGCGACUCGCCUCUAGCGAUCACGUGA